ACUGUAUAAGGUGUGUGUGCGUUUGUUUAUUCAAGUGACGAAUUUGCCGGCGCACAAUUGGUUCAUUAUUUUCGUACAAAAUGGCACAAAAUUCGUGUUUACAUAGAAAUGAAAUACGGGAAAAUCAUAGAACUAACAAUAGUGAAGGAAAGGCACCAUUCCUUAUUGGGGUCGCUGGGGGAACGGCGAGCGGCAAAUCUACAGUGUGUAAAAGGAUCAUGGAGAAGUUGGGGCAGGUUGAUAUGGACCAGAAGCAACGACAGGUUGUCACUAUCAGCCAAGAUAGCUUUUACCGAAUUUUAACAGCAGAGGAAAAGGCAAAGGCUCAGAAGGGCUUGUACAAUUUUGAUCAUCCAGAUGCUUUCGACAAUGACUUGAUCUUGCAAACUCUGCGUGAUAUACUGUCUGGAAAGAAGUGUGAAAUACCAGAAUAUGACUACAAAACUAAUUCAAGAUGUGAAGAUAAAUUCAUCACUAUAUAUCCUGCAGAUGUAGUUUUGUUUGAAGGAAUCCUUGUAUUUUAUUUUCCUGAAAUUCGAGAAUUAUUUCACAUGAAAUUGUUUGUUGACACGGACUCAGACACUAGAUUGGCUCGUAGAGUGCCAAGAGACAUCAAUGAACGAGGAAGAGAUUUGGAACAGGUGUUGAAUCAGUACAUGAAUUUCGUGAAACCUGCAUUUGAAGAAUUUUGUUCCCCUACAAAGAAGUAUGCAGAUGUCAUUAUCCCCCGUGGAGCUGAUAACACUGUGGCCAUUGACUUAAUUGUGCAGCACAUUCGAGACAUACGUAUCAACCGACGUGUUCCCAGCUCUUCAAGUCUCAAUAUUAAGAAGACUCAGACAACAGAUGGUUAUUUCACAAGACCUCACUGAAAUUACUACAAAGACAUUUUACAGACGUUAUCUCUACUUGAUCAACGUAAUUAAGUUACAAAUAUUUUUGGUAUUUUACAUAACAUAUCAUUCAUUCUCCUUUUUUUUCAUUUUGAGGAAUUCCUCAUUCAGAUUAUUUUAGAAUCAUUAAGUGUCUGUGUGUGUGUGUGUGUGUCUGUGUGUGUGUGUGUGUGAGAGAGAGAGAGAGAGAGAGAGAGAGAGAGAGAGAGAGAGAGAGAGAGAGAGAGAGAGAUCUUGUGUAUGUAUUUGUCAAAUAAGAUCAAGAUCUUGUAACAUCUUACCAUGUACAUCUUCAAAUCUUCAAGUCCUAAAUGUGUACAAAUUUUUGUUGUGGUUGAGAAGUUAGGAAGAAAUGCCAUUUUUUCCAUUACAUUCUUCGUUUGCCAUGUUAUUGCAAGUGCAAUGAAAAUAAGAAUAUAUCAAACCAAAGAUGAUAGUUCCUUAAUGUGUACUUACAUUUUAUUUAUGCAAUUCAUUUACAACAACAUCAGUAGCUGUUCUCUGCAAACCACUGUGUGCAGAAUAUACUUUUUAUUGUAUCAUAUGCACACUAAUGGAUGGAACAUUGGAACAAUAACUGUUUAUUGCCUCUAUUCAAGCUGUUAUUAGUAAAAGUUUUUCUUCGUGAUCCCUGUAAUAACAUUAUGUCCUGGGUGGAGGAUUCUGCUCUAAAAUCAGCUCUUGGUGUUUCCUGACAACAUUUUCAUGAGACAUUGUGCAUUUUCAUUUGAGGUCUAUCAGUUCAGAUUUUUCAGAAAUCCAGACAAUUCUAUUUCUAAUUACCCCACCAAGUGAUGUGCACAUUGCUAAUUCUCUGGACUCAUAUUCAAGUGGAGGGUGUUGAAAUCCCUAUUUGACCAUCCCAAUUGUGGUUUUUCCAUAGUUGCUUUACAUUGCUUAAGGAAAAUGCCAGUAUGAUCUUUUGAUAAGUAUUUGGUCAAUUUAUUUCUGUAUCCUUGUCCAGUCUGACUGUUUACUCUGUCUCUAAUGCUCUCCUGAGCAGGGUGUUAAAUCUUAAUCUACCUAGCUUCCUUCCCUCCAUCUAAUAACAUCAGUCUUGACAGGAUGUUAAUAAACUUUUUUUUCCUCAAGUCAACGUACCUUUGACAAUUAAAAUGGUUCAAAUGGCUCUGAGCACUAUGCGACUUAACUUCUGAGGUCAUCAGUCCCCUAGAACUUAGAACUACUUAAACCUAACUAACCUAAGGACAUCAGAAACAUCCAUGCCCGAGACAGGAUUCGAACCUGUGACCGUAGUGGUUGCGCGGUUCCAGACUGUAGUGCCUAGAACCGCUCGGCCACUCCGGCUGUUUUUGGCGAUUCACACUGACCUUUGUACAUUAUUUCCCACUCUGUUCCAACAUGGUAUGGCCCCCACACAUGUGAGCAGUAUUUCAGUAUAUGCUGUUCAAAUAUUUUAUAGCUAAUCUCUUUUGCAAACAAACUGCAUGUCUUCAGUAUGCUACCACUUACACUGAUCCUGUCAUGUUUUUUACUUACCACUGUAUCUUUGCUAAUUCCAGAUAUUUAAUGUGAUGACUGACUGCAGUUGUGACUUAUGAAUUCAUGUAAUCAAAGUUUACUACAGUUUGUACAGUUUGAUAUAUCACAAAGCAAACACAUUUCAAUGUUUAGAGUCAGUUACCCACUUCUGUAUGGAACUGUAAUCAAUUCCAAACAGUGAAGGAGGGCUAGGAUAGGGGGCAGCAGUUGUCUGACACCUCUCCUCUACAAAAAAUGUACUUCAAAAACUGAACACACAUCCUGCACUGCAUCAUACACUGAUAUAUCAGUUCAACUCAGUAUCCUAAGAAAGGCUACUGACUAGUAGCAUGUGUACCCAGAAUCAUUUGUCUUGAAACCUCAAAACUAUUUUGCCAUCCACCAUUAAAUUAAUAUCAGUUGCGCCUCCCGCCCUUCACCCUAUCACUUCAUAUCCUGACUGCACUCUUGUGUCCAUAGCUGAUAGGGUAUUUGUGCAGUUUUUCUUGUCUAACAUUUCCCUAUAGAUAACCAAUUCUUUUUCUUUUUUUGUGCCUUUGUUUCAAAUUGGCCCAGGGUUGGCAUCGUUAAUUUAAGAGGUGGCUGGAUGCCCAUUAUGUACCACCCCUUUACUGCCCUGGAUGGAAUAUGUAUACCACAACACUCUCAUGUAGUGUUAUUCAUGUGAAAGUGAGUGAAAGUUUUUGAAAUGUUUGCGAAUCAUAUAACUGAGGUACUUGGGUACAAGCCUGGUAUUCACCUAAUGGGACAUGUAAAACUGUCUAAAAAGCACAUGCAGACUGGCCAGCCCAUUGACCCUCAUCAUAUUCAGUCUGGGACUGGCACAUCUGUCCAUCCUGGAAGAGGCAUUUCAAGAUGCACAGCUACCUGGGCAGGUCUCCUCAUAGAUAAUCACAAACUCUAUAAAAAUGAAUCUCACAUUUCAACUAAUAUUAUCUAUGAAGUCAUUAAAAAAUAACGUGAACUGUUAUGGGUCACAUCCAAAAUCAGUUUUGUGUUCGUGGAUGACCCUGUCGAAGAUAAGGUGAUAUUUUCUGUGUUUCAGGAAAUCCUUAAUCAAGUGUAAAUUCAGCAAGAUGUUUCAUACAAAUGUACCUUCUUCAUUAUGUAUUAGUCCAAAGAUGAAUAAAAAUCUUUUCAAAUGUUGACUCUAGCAGUGGCCGUUAAGAGAUCAUGUAUGAGCAGCAUGAGUUGAGUUAAGCAACACAUGAAUGAUAUUUUUAGAAACCAUGCUGAUUCAUCAUGUGUGAACACAGAAGACAUUCUUGAUUAAUGCUACAGGCAAAUCUGAUUGAUGUAAGGUGAGCUGUAUCAAUUCUGUUGCCUUUUUUCUAGACUGCUGAGAUCUCUGCUCUCGUCCAAUUGCUAGAAACAGUUUUCUGCUCACAGGGUCUGGAGUAAAUUAUAUUCAGGAGAAGACAUAAUUCAAGGGAAAGUUUUAUGUAGAACUUCACAAGGAUUUUGUUAUAAUCUUAGUAAGUUUUAGGGAAAUCUUGUAUUAUGAGUAUCUUUGCUACUGAAAUUGUUAUGUCAUCUCUGCAAUGUGGAUGGUGGCAGUCUUUCUUGAUUUCAUCUAAUGUAUAGCAAGUGUUACUAGUUUGUCACUGUGUGUGGUUUUUAAAAUAUUGAAGAUAAAUAUUUUUAUUAAAAUGGUUUAAUUCUAUAAUGUUAUCAAAUUAGAUGUGCCAUAUCAACAGUCUAGAUCAGUUUUAGAAUAGCUUGGAUAACUGAACUAUUCAGAAAGAAGUAAUCUGCAACUGAAACACUAGUUACAUUCCAUAAUGUUGAUAAAUGACCUGUGUAGUGUAACAAGGAUGAAUUUAGUCAUUGGAUAGAUUCAGUUAUCUGACUUAAGUGUUGCAAUACAUAAUCAAUUAAACAUAUAGUUCUUUUAAAAUUAGGUGUUUUGUUAAUCUUUACAAAAAGUGAGAGAGUAGUCCUCUUCACACAUACACACACUUUAAGUGCCUUAAUGAACUUUGCAAAGGAUUUUGUAAAUUGUGCAGUGGGAGUUGUAAAUUGUUCAGUGAGAGUUGUGAAUGUGUGGUAAAAUGUGUUGUUUCCUUAAGUGUGCUUGAAAAGUAAAGCUUAUGAGUGGCGAUAAGGUGAGCUGUAAAGCUGAUUGAUAGCAGUAUUAACUAUAUUAUGUAAAUAAAAAGCCAUAUUUGCUGUGAUGUAUUAAAAAUGAGCCAAAGAAGCAGAGUAGUAUUUAUUUGAAUGUAACUACAGCCAAGUCCUGUAGAGUGAGACUAAUUUCCAUAAAAUUGCCCAGAAAUAUAACAAAUGUUCUGUUUUGUACAUUCACUGGAAAUACUCUUAGGAAAACUAGUAAUGUACAUUUCCUGAACUAAUUAUCUAGUUUGUAAUCAAGUAGAAUGAUAUUAAGAUGUGCAAUGUGAAAGUAACUUUGCUGUUAACGUCAUUUUCUCGCUGUGAUAAUAUCCUUCUGAGGUACUACCAUAUUAAUGUAAAAUCUGUUCUAUAAUGUUAUGAAUGCAUCAUGUACAAUGCUUGAAACCUGUGCAAUUGAUAAGAAAAUUUUUGGGAUGUACAUGAGUCACAUUUUUGGUAUUUAUAGAAUUAUUUUGCUUUUCUUUAGAUUAUUUUUAAAUAUCUGGCAGCAGUUUUAAGUAUAAACUGAGACAUAGGGAUCACAUUCAAUUUGAGGAAGCCACAUUCAUGCAACCCUCCUAAAAAGCAUCUAAAGAAUAGUAACAUGAGAGCUUACUGUAGAUUUUUGUGUUGUGUCAGGAAAAUGAAGUUUUUGUAACAGUUUGUGUGCUGUUUGUCAAUUUCAUUGUGUAUACCCCAAUUUGUGAUACUUUUAUAUAUUGUUCCAUCUUUUGAUUUGAAUAUUGUGUUAAUAAUUUAAUGUUUUCUAAUG